UUCCAACCCACAAAAAUAUCUCACUUUCAUUACUUCACUCAAUCACUCACUCACAAAUCUCAUCUUUCACAGCCCACAAAACCACAAACACAAAGUCACAAGCAGAGCAAACCUCCAAAAAGAGAAAUGCCCCAAAUCCAACUGAAACCCAUGAACACCCUUUUCAUAUUGCUGCUUUUAUUUCACACCCACCUCACAAUCUGCAAUGGGGUUUCAGUUCUUGGCCUCAAUUCACUGAAAACUAGUGAUUUGGAUGCAAUGGUGAGGAGGGUUUGUGCUGGAAAGAUUGGUGAAUGUAUUGAAGAGGAGGCAGAGAUGGAUUCAGAGAGCAAUAGGAGGGUUUUGGUGAUGCAGAGGAGGUAUAUAAGCUAUAAGACACUGAAGAGGGACUUGGUUCCAUGUACAAGACCUGGGGCUUCUUACUACAACUGCAAAGCAUCUGGCCAGGCAAACCCAUAUAACAGAGGUUGUGAGGUCAUUACAGGUUGUGCUAGAGACAUUAGUGGCAUCAAACCUUGACUUGAUGAGAUUGUUAAACUGUUUUUUAUCGUUCUUUCUUAUGAGAUGCUUUCUUGGGCUUCUUAGUUAUGUUUGUAAAUUAAAGACUAGUAGUCCCAUCUGCUACUUAUAUGAAUGUAUUUAUAUCUUUAAUUAUGGGGACACUUAAUAUUUUUGGUUAAAAUAAUUGAUAAUUUUGAUAUGAUGCCUAA